UUUUCUCCAAACCAUUUGACAAAACUUUGUAAGGCUCUUUGAUCCAAUCACAACGCGUAGAUCCAAUGGACAACAACAACAACAACCAGCAACCACCACCUGCCUCCGUCUAUCCUCCUCCGCCUUCGGGCUCCGCCGCCGCCGUAAUCCCUCCUCCUCCAUCUGGAUCCACGGCGAUAGUCGGCGGAGGAGGAGGAGCGUCUUACCACCACCUCCUCCAGCAACAGCUGCAACAGCUCCAAAUGUUCUGGACCUACCAGCGACAAGAGAUCGAGCAGGUGAACGAUUUCAAAAACCAUCAGCUUCCUCUCGCUCGGAUCAAAAAAAUCAUGAAAGCCGAUGAGGAUGUUCGUAUGAUCUCCGCGGAAGCACCGAUCCUCUUCGCCAAAGCCUGUGAGCUUUUCAUCCUCGAGCUUACCAUCAGAUCUUGGCUUCACGCCGAAGAGAAUAAACGCCGUACGCUUCAGAAAAACGAUAUCGCCGCCGCGAUUACUAGAACCGAUAUCUUCGAUUUCCUCGUUGAUAUCGUUCCUAGGGAAGAGAUCAAGGAGGAGGAAGAGGCGGCUCUCGGAGGUAUGGUGACUCCCGCCGCGAGCGGCGUUCCUUAUUAUUAUCCGCCGAUGGGUCAGCCGGCGGUUCCUGGAGGGAUGAUGAUCGGAAGGCCGGCGAUGGAUCCUACCGGAGUUUAUGCUCAGCCUCCAUCUCAGGCAUGGCAGAGCGUUUGGCAGAAUUCAGCCGCCGGAGAUGAUGUGUCUUACGGAAGCGGAGGAAGUAGCGGCCAUGGAAAUCUCGAUAACCAAGGAUAAGUUGAGCUUUGGAAGGAUUUUCAGAUGCUGCCUCUGUCUUGAAACCAGAAGCUGAGAUUCAUCAUCAACCCUGCCUUGAAUUUUGCAUGUGUCUGAUUCUUAUGCCUGUUUGUGAUUUUAUGACUUACUCGAGAGAAGAGAGACAACAAACAAAACAAAAAAAGCACUCUUUCAUUCGUCCUGUUAACUUAUAAGUUAUUGCAGCAAAACUGCAGACUUGCUUUAACUAUAUAAUCUAAAUGUGCAGAUUCUAAU